AACCUUUCUCACUCUCACUUACACUUCCCCCUUUCGCUCCCCAACAAAAAAAGAACUUGAUUAGCCGCGGUUUUUUUUUCCUCCGCCACUUGAUUGCUUCUUUUUAUUUCUGAUCAAAAUAAUAUAAGCAAAAUUGAUAUUUUGUUGAAGAAGAUAUAGAUUGGUGAUUGCUUUUGGUACAGAGAUAUAUAUCAUUUCAUUUGUUCCUUGUUCUCGAUUUGAGAUCGGCGAGGUUUUCAAGGUUUUCGUCGCUUUCUCCAACCUGCAUUGCUUCCAUUCCUAGCUGCUAACAUGGGGCAGUAAAGCAAAAGAAUAUCAUUGCCAUUUGAUAGAACAAAAAGCUAAUGAAUAAUUAGAAAGUUUGAGGGACAUGGGAUUUGGUUCAAAGUCAGAAAGGAGUUCAAACCCACAGCAAAGUUCAAAGACAGGGAAGGAGAAAGUUCACUUGCCUCAUGGAGGCCUGAGGUUAAAGAAUAAUGAGAAGUUAAAUGUAAAGAACGGCAUUACUUUUCCAUAUGGUAAUCUGCCAGGUGAAAUAGUAAAAAAUCAAAUUCAAAGCACCUUGGUUGAAACAAAACCUUUUGGGAAUUGCCAGGGCCAGCAUCUCAAGAGCAAGCCAACAAAAGAAGAUGAGCUUGUUAGGUACAUGUCAAACUUGCCGGGUUACCUACAGCGUGUAGACAGUUCAGAUAACCUUCAAGAGAAGGCAUUGAAUGUCGGAGUUCUGGAUUGGGCAAGUCUAGAAAAAUGGAAGUACCACCGAAAGCAUAUCCCAACAAUAACUGGCAAUGAUGUAUCAUCCACAAGCACCAUUUUAACAUCGAAAACAGAUACCAAGUCCGCUUCCUUUUCUAGUGCUGUUACCAAGGUUGCCUCUGCCAAUAAAAGUAAGCAACACUCUUCAGCUUACUCAAGUCCUACCUCACCUCAAAAGGGUGGCAUUCCUCGAGGUGCAAAACCAUCUACUCCAAAGGUUAGACACUAUCAAGAUAUUGAUACUGCUUCCAAGAGUUCCUUGGAUCAGCAGAAGAAGACAUCCAAGACAAAUAAAUCCUUUGGCAAAAUUCAUUCCGAUGUAAUUCUUGAGAAGGGGAAGAAAAAAGAGUUAGAUCAGAAAGUCACUUCAGAAAUGGGAAAUAUGUCAUCAAACAUGAGAAACCAUGGGGUCUCACCUCUGCCAAAGGAAACUGUAAGUGUUUGUAAUGGUGGAGCAAAAAAGAGAGUAGAGCGAAGGCGGGAAACUGAUGUAAACAUAAAGGACUUGGAUCAAAAAAGCACUAAAAAUUUGGAGGCUUCUUCGUCGAAAUCCAGAAGUUAUGCAGCUCCACUGGGUCCUAGCAAAACACUAAGUGCUGAGAGCAACAAAACUAAGAACAAAGAGAUGGAGGAAUCCAAAAUUGAUCUUACUCAUCAAUUUUUACCUGGUGAGCGCAGGAAUGUUGUUCUUCUUCCAAGAUCUGCCCGAGGCAGCUUUUCUGAAGAACUCCAAGAUGGGACUUUGAAUGAAGCAAAACGGAAUAGCUUUUCCUAUGACCUACUUCAGAAGGAUCAUUUUCUUGAAUUAUGUUCUGAUGUUCCUCAUUCUUGUCCACUUCCUUCUGGAGUUGAGAGGAAUCCUGAAACUAGAAUUAUGGCACAAGGUCUGAAGCCUUCUUCUGAUGCAUCUAGUAGGUCUGUGUUAAAUAGCACAGGAAAUAUAAGAUCUCAGGGCAAGUGUUCUGCUGAGAACAAGACCAAGUCUCAGGAUGCUCAUGUUGAAACUUUAAAGAUACUGGAAGAAGAAAUGGCUGAAUUGACUACCAAAGGAAGCAGAACUAGCUCACCAAAUCGCCGUUUUAGUUUCAGCUUAAGUCGUCUGAGUAGAAGUUUCAGUUUUAAGGAAAGUUCUACAGUCCCACAAAUGAACCCCGGUUAUGUUUCUGUCAAGUCCGGCCCAGUGAGGUCUGAUUCUUCUGGUUUUCUGGAUGAUAUGAACAGAGAGAAGUUGAAUGGCCAUACCAGAACUAGAUCCAGCCCCUUAAGAAGGGUGCUAGAUCCACUACUGAAGUCCAAGGGCUUAAAUUCCUUCCGAUCCACUGAUGCUGUUCAACCAUCACAAGGAGGCUUGAAUUCCUCUAAUCCAGGGACCGUUAAUACAAACGAAUCCUUUCAGGCAGAAAAGUUGGGGCGAUCAAUGAUUAAAGCUCUUCUAGAGGUUGCAACAAAGAAUGGACUCCCACUGUUCAGAUUUGUUGUCAACGAUGGCAAUAACAUGCUUGCAACUACCAUGAGAAGUCUAGCAUCAUCUGCCAAGGGGGGAUCUGAUCAGAUUUAUGUAUUCUCUUCAGUUAGUGAAAUUAAGAAGAGUGGCAGCUGGAUAAGUAAAGGAAACAAGGAUAAAAAAUGUGGCUACAUCUACAAUAUCAUUGGACAAAUGAAGAUUUCAGACUCUCAUAUUUCAGAUUUGGUAAAGGAGUCUGUUCUAUUCAGUGUGGAGCAAAGACAAGCAGAUCAAGCAUCAGCAAAGUUUACGCCAAGUACUGAGCUUGCUGCUGUUGUCAUCAAAAUACCUGGUGAAAGCAAUGUACAGCAGGUUGAAGAUAUAACGAAUAAUGGCUCUACAGAAUCUUUGGCUACAUAUGGAUGCACUUGCACCUUUAUAGAAAAUUCGAGCUCCAAUAUUACUACUGCCAUACUUCCUGGUGGUGUCCACAGCUUGCCUAACAAAGGAAUACCUUCCCCAUUGAUUGACCGGUGGAGAUUUGGUGGAUUAUGUGACUGUGGAGGUUGGGAUGUUGGUUGUAAAUUACAUAUUCUCUCCAACCAGAACUGCAGUUGCUGUAAGAAUUCAAGGAUGUAUCAAGCAUGCCCGGAUCCCAACCAUCUUGAACUUUAUCCACAGGGAGAAGCACAACAGGACGUGCCUAUCUUCAGCUUGGUUCCACAUAAAAAUGGAAUUUAUGCAAUUGAGUUCAGUUCAUCAAUCACUGCAUUACAAGCGUUCUUUAUCUCAGUAACAAUUAUAAGUUGUCGGAAAUCAUCUGGUUUUCCAGAAUUUGGUGACCUGCCUGAAGGAAAACUUAUAAAGGAGACAAUGUUGAAUGGCAGCCUUGGGAUGGACAACAAACAAACCGUUGCCCUUGGAACCAUGCCUGCAAGAUAUGCUCCGAACCCACCACAUUCCCCGGUUGGGAGAGUAUAGUUUCAAAUGCCGGGACCAGCUUUGGUUUUUCAGGUAUAGUUAUCAAAAAUCUCAAAGGGUACAAAACACUGGGAUGCCAUGUUGAGAGUCAAACCAUUCAUGAUCCAUACAGGGAAUUGGAUUUGGGUGUAGACUUGUUCAACAUGGUUAAUCAUGAUGAUUUUGUUAAGAGUUGCACAUCAUCAAUAGAUCACUUGUAUAAAGGAAAUAAUAUUGGUAAUUCAUUAUAUACCAUUCACAGUUUUAAUCAAGUGGGGUUUUCGUUUUAAGGUCAACAA